AUGGCGCCUUGCUCUGCUCCUCGCUCGUCUCCCGUCCACCAUUUGUGUGUGCACAUCCUACUAGCGUACUUGCUCGCGGCGCGGUGGCUCGUGCCAUCCUGCUCGGCUUCGCCCUUCUUCCGCGUCCCUUGGGCAGCCGGGCGGCACGACUACCGUGACGCGCUGGCCAAGUCCAUCCUCUUCUUCGAGGGCCAGCGCUCGGGGCGGCUGCCGCCGGGCCAGCGCGCGUCGUGGCGCGGGGACUCCGGCGCGUCGGACGGCGCCGCGGCCGGGGUCGACCUGGAGGGCGGGUACUACGACGCCGGCGACAACGUCAAGUUCGGCUUCCCCAUGGCGUUCACCACCACCAUGCUGGCCUGGAGCGUCGUCGAGUUCGGCGACUCCAUGCCGCGCGACGAGCGCCGCCACGCCGCCGCCGCCGUCCGCUGGGCCACCGACUACCUCCUCAAGACGCUCGCACACCCCGGCGUGGGCGAUCCGUGGAAGGAUCACGACUGCUGGGAGAGGCCGGAGGACAUGGACACGGAUCGCACGGUGUACAACGUCAGCGCUGGGCGGCCCGGCUCGGACAUCGCGGGGGAGACGGCGGCGGCAUUGGCUGCCGCGUCCAUGGUGUUCCGAGAUGCCGACCCGGCGUACGCCGAGACGCUGCUCACGAGCGCGAGGAAGGCGUUCGAGUUCGCGGACACGUACAAGGGCGCGUACAGCGACGACCCAGACCUCAGGGCAGGGGGCUGCCCGUUCUACUGCGACUUCAAUGGCUACCAGGAUGAGCUGCUGUGGGGGGCAGCAUGGCUGAGGAGAGCCUCCAAGGAUGACACAUUCCUCCAGUACAUUCAGAACAAUGGCAAGACCCUGGGUGCAGAAGACAGCAGUAACGAGUUCGGGUGGGACAACAAGCAUGCCGGCCUCAACGUCCUUGUUUCCAAGGAAUUCAUAGAAGGCGACGCGCUAUCUUUGCAGUCCUACAAGGAGUUUGCAGACAGCUUCAUAUGCACGCUCAUUCCAGAGUCGUCUUCACCGCAUAUCACGUACACCCCUGGGGGCAUGAUCUACAAGCCUGGAGGCAGCAACAUGCAGCAUGUCACCUCCAUCUCCUUCCUGCUCCUAACUUACGCCAAGUACCUCUCCAAGUCCUCUCGUACUGUCAACUGUGGAGACGUUUCAGUUGGCCCUCUAACUCUUCAGCUGCAAGCCAAAAAACAGGUUGAUUACCUGUUAGGAGACAAUCCACUGAAAAUGUCGUAUAUGAUCGGGUACGGUGACCGGUACCCUCAGCGGAUCCAUCACCGAGCAUCGUCGUUGCCCUCGAUCAAGGACCAUCCUCAACGGAUGGCGUGCAAAGAAGGCACGCCAUACUUCAAUUCAUCUAGCGCGAACCCUAACCCGUUGAUCGGCGCAGUGGUCGGCGGGCCGGGGGAGGAUGAUGCUUAUGAGGAUGACCGUGCAGAUUUCAGGAAGUCUGAACCCACCACCUACAUCAAUGCUCCGUUAGUAGGAGUGCUUGCAUACUUUGUUGACAAUCCUAAUCCUGGUCAAACCAGACAUUGA